UGCUCUGAUUACAGCCAUGGGCAGCCUGCCCUCAGUGUAACUCCACUGGUCAACAGGCUAGCACCAGAUUCUGGUAUGGUAUACAUCGGUGUACUGUAAUGCUCUGCUCAGGAGAAUGAGCUCAAAUAUUUGUUGUCUUUGUAAGCUAUUCAGAGAAGAUGAAAAUGGGAUCACUUCUAAAGUGUCAUUGGAGGAAGUGCUACAGUGGUCCCAAUCUUUUGAAAAGUUGAUGACUACUAAAUAUGGACCUGUAAUCUACAAGACCUACCUGAAGACAGAAUACAGUGAUGAGAACAUUGAAUUCUGGCUUGCAUGUGAAACUUACAAGAAGAUUGAAUCUCGAAGGAAAAGGAUUUCUGUGGCCAAGAGAAUUUUUAAAAAUUACAUUCAGCCCCAGGCGCCUAAAGAGAUUAACAUUGAUAGUCCUGCAAGGGAAGCUAUUAUCAGGAAUAUUCAAGAACCAACUCAAUCCUGUUUUGAUGAAGCUCAGAGAAUAGUUUACAUGCACAUGGAAAGGGAUUCAUAUCCCAGGUUUCUUGGAUCAGAAAUCUAUCAGAAACUCAAACACAGGCCUUCAGACUGACAGAAAUGACUCAAUACAUUAAAGAGAAAGACUAAGGAUUUAGCAGAAGAGACUUCCUUCUGGUUUAUUAAUGUUUUCAAAUGGUAAAAGAAGAACAGAAGAAAUCAGCCAAUGGAUGAAUUUUCCUUACAAAGAAUGGUAGUUUGUUCUUAUGCAGAUAUUAGAGAUGAACAUAAAAUACUUUCCACCCUCCACCCCCACCCGCCUGGUGGAAUAUUUCAGCUUUAUGUCAAAAAAUUGAAAGCCACUUUUAGUUCACCUCAGUGUGUCUGGAAUUUUAAAAAGUCGUUACAGGGAAGAAACCUAGGACCCCACUCACUCACUACAAUCCAUGGGAAAUUAGCUGACUCUUGUCCUUCUCCUACCAGCUAGGGAAGACUAGUUCCACCCCCUCAUCAACAUCCACCACUAUCCAAGGGAAGCCACUUUAUUUAAAAAUAAAAGUGCUGACAUUUAGAAUGAUAGUUACGGUACAGUAUUCUAAACUCUAUAAUUCACAAGCUAAAAUUCAGCACAUUGCCCAGUUCAUCAGCUAAACAGUCUCAACUGUAAAGGGAAACACAUGCCCAUUACAUUUGAUUACACAAAAAAUACAUUAGUUUUCAGAAGGCUCCAAGGAUAGUUGUAAUUGUAUCCAGGCGUAUUUAAGCUACUGUGCAUGUUGUGCCCAAAUGCUCUUGGAUUAAUAAAGUAAGAUACAAAGCAGGUUGUUAAACCUUAGAGGAGAGAUAUGGAAUGCUUUUGUUUAAUAAGUCAUGUUGGGAAUGGCUUCAUAAAUCUGGCUAGCCAGGUGCAGAUGGUAGAAA